AUGUCCGACUCCAAGAAAAAAUACAAGUCGUCCAGUCAACCACGAGCUGUAUCUGCUUCUGAAAUUGCUCGUAAUUUGGAUAAUUUUGAAACAUGGUCGUCACAUCAAUGUUGUGAACAAGUUUCUCUCUCUGACCCCCCUGAAUUUCAAGAGGAUGUGAACAAUCUCUUUGGUACCACAAAUCGAAUUCCCCGCUCCUGGUUAGACAGGAGUGCAAGCAACGAACUAUUUGAAGACGUAUGUGUCGUUUUCAGUGCAUGGAAGCAUUUGGCACAAAUGAGGAGUUCCAAAGAGAAAUGGUCUGAGGUGGACUUCGUGGCUAACAUACAACGUACUCUGAACUUCUGGAAUCAGAGAAAGCACCUUCCGGGUGCAAUGCGCGAUUUCGCUCCCACAACCGCAAGACACAUUUCAAACGCCUUCGAUGUGCCCCGUGUAUUGAAUACGAAGACCGUCAUCCCUGACUGCGCAAUCUUCAUUCCCACUUCAUGA